AUGCUGUGUUCCCUUGUUUGGUUACGGUGCCUUCGCCGACUCAUAUUGGGGGGGUCUAAUCGUGGGCUGUUGGAACGCACGCUGAAGAGAAAUGCAAGUCUUGUUAAGCAUCAGUUUACGCCGCUCGCGCAGAUCCAGAGGUGGCUUGGUAGUGAUGAGCCGCUUUUUGAUACUCUUUUUGUUUAUCAGAAGUUUGCUUCGGGGCCGGUGGAUGUGCGGAAGUGGGAGGUUGUUGACGAGGAGACGAGAAUUGAUUACCCCUUGUCAAUUGAACUGGUUCCUCAUCAGACAGAUCUUGAAAUCCGAAUCAGCUACCGAAGUGACAUCGUUCCAGACAAGCAAGCUAAGAUCCUUCUCGACCAAUACGAUAACCUUCUGCAGCAAACCAUUUUCUCUCCUGAGUCUGAUUCGGAUGAUCAUUCUGCUCUGGGAAAUACUUUACUUUCUAUUACGCCAGCCAAGGAGCAAUCGCUGCCCACAUCAGUCUCUCUUCUGCAUCAAUUUGUUGAACAGAACGCACAACGAAUCCCAGACAAGACUGCCCUCGAGUUUGCAUUUGGUUCGAGCAUUGACGACCUGCAAAAGAAGGUCUGGUCCUAUCGCGAAUUCAACGAGGAUGGUAAUCGAGUCGCACAUUUCCUGCAAGAGAAGGGCGUCGUGCCGGGUGGUAUGGUGGCCAUUUGUUUUGAUAAAUGCCCCGAAGCCUCUAUAGCAAUUCUGGGAAUUCUCAAGGCUGGGUGCGCAUAUGUUGCCAUUGAUCCUACUGCUCCCAUCUCUCGAAAGCAAUUUAUCUUGGGAGAUUCCGACUCCAAGCUCCUCCUCUGCAAUAUCGCCAGGGAGGCUGAUCUCACAGGGAUUGAGGGAAUUGAUAUCAAGGCACUUGACCAGCCUGGAAUCUUCAAGGAUUAUUCGUCAGAGCAGCCUUCUCUCUCCCGCGAGAUUCAUCCCGAUGAUACUUCCUACUGCUUGUAUACAUCUGGUACGACCGGAACGCCAAAGGGCUGUGAACUCACCCAUGACAAUGCCGUACAAGCGAUGCUGGCCUUCCAAAGACUCUUUUCCCCGCACUGGGAUGAAGACUCGCGCUGGCUGCAAUUUGCAUCAUUCCACUUUGACGUCAGCGUCCUCGAGCAGUACUGGAGUUGGAGCGUUGGUAUUUGCGUGACUUCCUGCCCCCGCGAUCUCCUAUUUGAGGAUUUGCCCGGCAUGAUUCAAAAGCUCCAGAUUACCCAUAUCGACUUAACUCCCAGCUUGGCUCGCCUGGUCCACCCUACUGAAGUUCCCUCGCUAUGUCGCGGUGUAUUCAUCACCGGCGGUGAAGCGCUAAAGCAAGAGAUUCUCGACGCAUGGGGCGAGCACGGAGUCAUCUACAACGGAUACGGACCUACAGAAGUUACGAUUGGAUGCACGAUGCUCCCGCGAAUGCGCGCCAACGACAAGCCCUCCAACAUCGGACCUCAAUUCGACAAUGUUGGAUCCUACGUUUUCCGACCCGGUACUUCGACCCCCGUUCUCCGCGGUGGUCUUGGUGAACUGUGCGUGUCCGGGCCUCUUGUCGGCAAGGGGUAUUUGAAUCGGGACGAACUUACCAUUGAGCGAUUCCAGACGCUGCCCUGGGGCGAUCGCAUUUACCGGACUGGCGAUUUGGUGCGCAUUCUGCAUGAUGGCAGUUUCCAGUUCCUCGGUCGUAUCGAUGACCAGGUCAAGCUUCGCGGGCAGAGACUUGAGAUUGGAGAAAUCAAUGAAGUCAUCAAGCAGUCUACAUCUACUUUGAAUGAAGUAGCCACUUUGGUGCUUAAGCACCCGAACCAAGCGAAAGAUCAACUGGUUUCAUUCGUCACUAGGGUUGUCGUUCCCGCUGGCACGGAUAAAAAAUCACGCAGCGUGGAGGUUCUGUCGCUUUCUUCUGCUCAAGAUCGGGAAUUCUUGUCCGUCAUUAAGACUGCUUGUCACACGCGGCUUCCGGGGUAUAUGGUGCCCACGCACAUUAUUCCCAUGUCUCGAUUCCCUCUGUCGGCGAAUAACAAGGCCGACAUGAAGGUUUUGAAGGGGAUUUAUCAGGAACUUUCUCUGGACGAUAUUCAAGGGUUGAAUUCUAUGACUGUUGACCGGGGCACGAAGAGUUUGCAUGAGGAUACGAUUAUUUCGAUUUUGGCGCAGUUCAUUGGGUCCACUGAUCCCGGGUCGACUACUAGUAUUUCGUCUUGGUCGAGUAUCUACGAGUUAGGUCUUGACUCUAUUUCUGUUUUGUCGUUUGCUAGGAGCUUGCGAGAGGCGGGUUUUCCUCAAGCACAGCCGUCGCUGAUUAUGAAACAUCCCACUGUUUCCGGAUUAGCGACAGCCCUGGAAGAAUCGAAGGCUCCAUCUACGUCAUUUGACAGUCUUCAUAGACAUGCAAAGCAAGCCAUGGAGGCCUUUGCUCACAAAAAUUCUCACUCUGUCAUUGAAAGCAUCGGCGUGUCGGAUGGGGAUGUCGAGCAAAUUGCCCCUUGCACCCCGCUCCAGGAAGGUAUUAUAUACCAUUUCCUGUCGAGCCCCACACCCCUCUACUGCUCUUCAUUUACUUUCGAACUCAACGCGUCUGUGGACCUUGAAAAACUCCAGGCUGCCUGGAAACAAGCACAAAGUGAAGUCCAAGUACUACGAACCCGGUUCUCACCAUCACCCGACGGCUAUGCCCAGAUUGUGCUGAAAGAGGACGUACUCCCUUGGUUCCACAGGGAGGUGGACUCUGAUAAGGGUAUUGAAAAUGCUCGGAAACAAGGGCUACAGCGAUGGAUUGCCGGACUUGACAGUCUCAGCACACAGCUGUGGGAAGUUGGAGUGAUCACAGCCCCUGGAAGUCGUCUUUUGUGUCUCAACAUAUUCCAUGCUCUCUAUGACGGAAACAGUCUCAGGUUACUUCUCGAACUUGUUUCGCGGAUAUACCUAGACGAAGACAACGGUUCCGAAAAACCGCCCAACUUCCUCGAUGUGCUUCACUUGGGCCCUCUUUGCAAGGACCCUGCUGAAGAAAAACCGAACGGUACCGAGGUCGGCGUGGAGUCCACUGUACAGAUAAUUCGAAUCGAUGGAAUCGAGUCUCUGGAUCAUCUCCGAAAAUCGCUCAACGUUACCGAGCAAGCGAUUCUUCACGCCUGCUGGCUUCUGACGCUCUACGACCAUUACUCAUUCGUGCCAUCAUUAGGUAUCAUCGCUUCUGGUCGAACGAUCGACGUGCCAGGAGUCACCGAUAUCAUUGGUCCCCUGUUCAACACCAUCCCAAGCAAUGUACAGCUUCGUGGCUCGAAAUCAUGGUCAGAAGUCGCGCAGCGAUGCCAUGAGUACCACGCUUCGACAAUUCCCUUCCAAUACACUGCUUUGCGGGACAUAGUUAAAUGGCUUGGACAGAAUCCUGAUGAGCCACUUUUCGAAUCACUUUUCGUGUUCCAGAGAGACAAUGCCGAGGGCGAGUCCUCAACCAGCAAGCUCUGGAACGCACAAGAUGGAGAGGCCCAGCAUGAAUACCCCUUGGCAUUUGAAAUUGCGCGCAAUGGCAAUCAAUCACUCACCGCUACGCUUGCUGCCAAGGGUGAAAUUUUGUCACCAGAGGCAGCGAAGGAUGUUCUUUUACAUUUCCAGAAUGUCUUGUCUGAAUUUGCUCAGCAUCCAGAUAAAGAACUGCUUUACGUCAAUGGUAUCGCGGGAGAAAAACCGGCACUGACAAACGGCCACAAUGCCAAUUCCCAAGAGCCGACUGCAAAAUCCGAAGACUCAUCAUUCAGCUGGACUUCUCAGGCCUCCACAAUCCGCGAUGUUAUCGCAAACCUAGCCGGGGUAGAAGUGCAGUCCAUCAAUCCAGGGACAUCGAUCUUCGAAGUUGGACUCGACAGUAUCGAUGCAAUCAAAUUAUCCUCCCGACUAAGCAAACAUGGAAUCAGACUCCCAGUCAGUUCUAUAAUGCGACACCGCAAUGUCAAGGCCAUGUCGGCGCAGCUCUCUAUGGAAGAUAUCCCCGAGCAGAACGGAUCAUACCCGAGACUCACCCAUAUGACCAAGGCACUAACCGAGUUCCUUGAAAGGGAAAAUCUCGUCCCUCAGGGCGUCAGUCAAAUUCUACCUGCUACGCCAAUCCAAGAAGCCAUGAUAGCAGAAAUGACUGCCUCGGAAUUCCAGCACUACUAUAACCACGAAAUCCUGCAGCUGGAGCCGAACGUGGACCUGACGAGACUUCGAGAAGCCUGGAGAACAGUCUUCAAGUCCCACCCUAUUCUCCGUACGUCUUUCAUUGAGAUCUGGGAUCCGAAAAUACCCGCUUCAUAUGCGCAGAUCGUGCAUGGAGAGGAUACAUUUGAUUUCCGAAUCGUGGAUUUGGACGGAAAGCCCGUUGAGUCAAUCAUUGAGACUCAGCGCAUAAGAGCCAUGACCCAGCUGUCAAAUUCUCCGCUGCUCAGUCUGACCGCGGCUAUAGAGGGAGAUGAAACUUAUCUCGUCUUGUCGAUUUCUCACGCUCUCUAUGACGGGUGGUCAAUCAAUUUGCUCCACGAGGACGUUGCCCGAUCCUAUAAUGGCGAAGACUGCAUGCGACCACGUCCCGACGCUAUUCUGGAGCAAAUACUUGAAUCAUCAGGGGAGCGAUCACUCAGUUUCUGGAGAGCAACGUUGGCAAACUGCACGCCGGUGUCUUUCCCGGCUGGGAAGAAUUCAAAGAAGGAUUCAAGCGUCGUUCAUCGUGCAGAGCAGUCCUUAUCCGUCUCAUUUGACAAGGCCGAGACCUUUUGCCGACGCCAUGGUAUUACUAUGCAGGCACUACUCGUCAGCUGUUGGUCCCUUGUUCUGGCUACACGUGUCAAGAGACUGGACGUUAUCUUUGGCCUCGUCCUUUCUGGUCGGAAUGUGGCUGAUUCCGAAAAUGUGAUGUUCCCGACGAUGAACACGGUUGCGAUGCGUGUCAUUUUGCACGGCUCGCGGUUGGAUCUCGUGAAGUAUGUCCAGGAGACUCUAUUGGAGAUGUCGGAGCAUCAGCAUUUCCCGCUUCGACGGGCGAGACCGGAUGCGCGGGUGCAGAAUCUUUUCGAUACGUUGUUCAUUUAUCAGAAGAGACCUGAUGAGGAGGAGAAGAAGAAGUCAGGGGAAGGAGAGGCUUUGUAUAGGUCUACCGGGGGUGCGUCUGAUGUGGAAUACCCUGUUUGUGUGGAGGUUGAGGGUGUUGGGAAGGAGCUUGUUGGCCGGGUGGCCUGCAGGGGAAGUGUCUUGGGUGAAGAGGAUACACUUGUGUUAUUGGAGCACAUGUCCCAUGUGCUGUCAUCGAUUAUCAACGAACAGUCGAAACAGACUGUUGAAUUUAGCAGUAAUGCCAUGGAUAUCUGUGGUCACUCUGUUGUUCAGGAUGUGGAUGUCUCGAAGCCAGGCAUCCAGAACGGAGUCUUGGCCCAGACAAAUGGCCACAGCCACACGGAGUGGUCACCCAUUGAGUCCACCAUCCGCAACGUUCUCUCGAUCGUGUCCGGCGUACCCGAAGACGCGAUCCAAAAGACGGACAAUAUUUUCCAGCUCGGAUUGGACAGUAUCAGCGCUAUCAAGGUGGCUGCGCUCCUCAAGAAGCAAUCUGUCAGACUCGCUGUUAGCGAUAUGAUCAGGGAGGGCACAGUCGAGAAAAUGGCACACGCAGCGACAGCGAAUAAUGAUAAUGGUCAGACAGAACCCACCGACAAACAAAUCUCAAACGCCUUGGCCGAGUCAUUGAGCGGAAUUGACCUCGCUGCGUUAGUCAAGCCUUACGACAUAGAUCCCGGACGAAUCCAGAAUGCUUUUCCAGCGACUGCUGGCCAAUCCUACUUCCUGUCAAUGCACAGUUUGAAUCCUGAGGUCUUCUAUCCGGCAUUCUGCUACCUUUCCUCGUCACAAUUGAGCCAGGAGAUUCUAGAAAACGCAUGGAGUCAUCUCACAGCGCAAAUACCCAUUCUUCGCACGACUUUCAUUCCGACCAGCGCCAGCAACCCAGGAUGCCCGCCUUAUGUCCAGGUCAUUCUCGAAUCCAAAUCAGCGCAGAACCCGGUCAUCUGGCAUGAAAAUUUCAAUGCCUUACAACCGUUAGCGCUCAUCAAACAAGAACGGCACUUCGGUUCAGUUCCGGUUGCCUUGCACGCCUGUCAAACGCCAAAUAGAACAGCUCUGAUGCUACACAUCCAUCACGCACUCUACGACGCCGUCAGCCUACCAGCCACGGUAGACAAACUAUCCCAGCUCUGCCAAUCAUCCCCGCUUACCUCCGAGCCAAAUUUCGAUUUCGACGGCGAUCUCUCGCAUCUCGUGGCACUGCAGCAAAUCCACUCGCCCGUUGAAAACCGCCGGCGCUUUUGGCAGCGCUACCUGGGCCGAAUCUCAGUUCGUCAUGCAGACAAUGCAGAACAAAAACUACCAUUGGUCAAGGAUAAGGCCAAGGCCAAGGGUUUCGGACCGAUCCAGCAGUUCUAUCGACCCGGUCUGGUUCCAAAUAUGGCUCGUGUCGAACUAGCCGCCAGAAGACAGGGCCUUGGUGUCCAAUCGAUCUUUUUAGCGCUCUAUUCUCGCGUGCAUGCCCGGGUUUUUGCUCAAGAUGCAGGGGAAAACAGUCCGCUUGUGGUGGGAUUGUACCUUGCGAAUCGGUCGCACAUCGAGGGGUUGUCUGGGUUUACGGCGCCAACACUGAACAUCGUGCCUCUGCUUCUAGACACAGAUGGAAAAGAUUCACUAUUUGCCGCCGCGAGGAAAAUCCAGGACGAUAUUAAUGAGAUCAGUCGAGAACAUGUCUGUGUUUCUCUUGCCGAGAUUGCGGAGUGGACCGGGGUGCGCGUCGACGUCUGUGUUAACUUCCUGCGGCUCCCGGAGAUAAAGGAGGAGGGGCAGACCGUCAGCGUCAAUGGACACGGGGUCGGUGUACAGUUCAAGUUGAUACAGCGCGAAGACCUGGGAAUAGAACACGCCCAGACCAACGGGGCCCAGAAGCCUACGACCAACGGUACCACCGCGUCAGGACUCGGAUCAGGCUCGAUUCCGAACCAAGCGUUUUCCCCGGAGGCGGCUAUCGAAGACAUCUUCAUGCCUACGAUCGACGUAGAAGCAGCCAUCCGUGACGGGAAAUUGGACUUUGGGCUUUUCGCCCCGAGGACGCGCUUGGAUGGGGUUGAUGCGGGGGGGGUGAUUGAGGGGGAUGAGGAAGGAGAUGGGAUUCUUGACAGAGACGGAUGA